GUUUUAAUCCAUGUUUUGAUGCGUAAUGUCUACUGUCGUUCAAUACAAGGCUAUAUUAUAGCCUUUUCACUUUUUAAGAUUUCUCGUUCAAUGCCGUUCACGUGACAAUUUUGAAAGUUUACCGAUUACAAGGCGCGAACCUCAGCAGUCUAUAUAUAUAUUGGCGGUAGGUAAUGAUCAACAAACACCUUCCCUUCCUUUUUCUACAUAUUGACAUUUUCUACAUGUUUAUACUGUUCUAUUUGUCCAACGGCAGUCUGCUGCAGUUUUCUCCGAGGCGAUGGCCGCAAACUAUGAGAAAGUGACUGAUAUUUUAGCUAAAGCGCCGGAUAAAAGAAACGAUUUUGAAUUAUCCAAUUUGGUAGGAUGGUUCAAGCAAAAGUGCAAUCUCUUCCAGAAGCUUCGUUCCGAUAUGCUAGUUGACGUUUUGAAAAACUGCCAAUUUGUUUCGAAGAAGAAGGACGAAGUAAUUAUCAAACAAGGAGAAUUAGGAGAUUGCAUGUAUAUUUUGAUUCGUGGGAGAGUUACUAUUUACAUUCAAUAUCAAAAUCAAGCUGGUAAUGACGGGGAAGAAAAAUCAAAUUCGCAACCAUCAAAUGCUAGCGAAAACAUUCGUCAACAACUUGGUACACUCGUUACACACUUAGACCAAGGCGCAACGUUUGGCGAAAUGGCCCUUAUCUCUGAAGAUUGCAUUAGGACAGCAUCUAUAAUAAUUACAGAACCCGCUGAUUUAAUAGUAGUUGAUCGAGAAUUAUAUAAUCGAUCUGUUAAAGAAGUUUUGCAUAAAGAAUUUGAAGAUAAGAGAAAUUUUAUUGCCAACAAUCCGCUCUUCAAUAAUUGGCCACCAAAGUAUAAAAAACAUUUAUCAAUGGCACUACAAAAAGAAGUUCUACCUUACGAUUUUGUUCUAAGUAAACAAGGGGAUAAAGUUGAGGCAAUCUACUUUAUACUUAGCGGUGAGGUUAAACAAACUGUGGAACCUGUACAACAUAAAAGCCAAUUUCCUAAAUUACCGUUGGAUGAUGAUGAAAUAACUACUCUAAAUAAGAAUAAGGAUGACGAAGACGCUAUAGAAGACUUAAUAAGGACAAUGUCCGGGAGUAUAGCUUCGGUUAAUUGCCAAAGUGGAUUUCGUAAAAGGAAACCCAGUAAGAAGCAAACUCAGGAAGUGUGUCUCCUCGGUGUAAAUCAAACAGUUGGUGACGUAGAAGUUUUGCUCGAUUUACCCACAUUCGUUCAGACAUCGAUAACGACUCAACGAUCGGAAGUUCUAGUUUUAGAGAUGCGCCACUUUGAAAGGCUAUUGACAAAAAGGAAUCCAAAGACAAUAGAUAUUAUGAGACAAGAUUUACAGUGGAAGCUUGUAUCACGCAUGUCGAAAUACUUAUUGCGGCACGUUCCCCUUUUCCGGGUUAUUAUUAGUAAGGCGGAAGAGUAUAAUAGAAUAAAGGCGGAGAAGAUGGAGGCUAGGCACAGUAAUAGGGAAGAAAAAAUCAAAGCUGCCCCUGCUGGUGUUAAUUUUGAUAGUUUUAUACCGCCUAGAGGUCCCGUUAUAGAUCUAUACGGACCAGGUACAGUCUUUCACAGAAUACGUCAAAAAGAAAAUGCGCGUCUGCUUAGGGAAAGUAGGAGAAGGACAACGACAUCAAAUAGUAUAUCUGGUAACCAAAUGCAAAAUAACAUGAUGAUUAACUCAUCCUCUCCAACAACAUCUCAAGCUCCUCAAUUUGUUGAUCAUUACACAAGUGAUCCUGUACUAUCAAAUUUAGAAAAUCGAAUAGGAGCUUGGAUGAAGAAUGAAAAUUCUAAUGUUAAAGGAAAUAUGCGAGUAAUCCGACUUCAACGAUCCCAAGCUCAGAUGUCACCAAAUACUACUACAAAUCCAAACGCAACCGUCGUAAUUAGGACACCUUAUCGCGAUAAUCCCACAACAUUAUCCCCAACUGCUUCAACUGAGGAUGUCUUCCAGGGACAAUCAUGGGUAAGCGCAGGAAAAUUGUGUAAAACUAUCGUAUACGUUCUAGUAGGCCUAUAG